AUGGAGGCCGAGGCGCUCGUCCUCGCGCCCCAGCCAGCCGUCUCGCCCCCGGCGGCCUCGCCGGACAAGAAGGCGCUGGCGGCGGCUCCGACGUCGGCUCUGAAGACCAGGGCCACGAGGAGGAAGACGCUCUGCGACAUCACCAACCUGAGCAGGCGCGAGCCGGCCGAGGUGCCGAAUGAAUCGGCGUGCCCUGCACCGGAGAAGCUCGCGCAGCUAGUCAAGGAGAACGCGGAUCUCGUGAGCCUCAUCGCCGAGAGAGACGAGAUCAUACAGUUGAGCGGGACUGAGAUUCAGAAGCUGCGGCUCGCCAACUGGGAGCUCGCGCGGACCAAUUCCCAGAUGAUGGCGGAGCUUAAUCUUGGAAGAAACAAGUUGAAAGCGUUGCAACAUGAGCUCGCGUGCUCAAGAGCCGCCCUUAAAGCGAAAACAUCUGAAUUGGAGGACGUAAAGAAGGCGAUGCAGCGGCGCAACAUUCACACCCAAAGGACGCAGCAUCUGGGGCCUGACAAAGUUGCGCAGACCAAGGAUGGAGACGUCGUCGACCCGGAGCCCGCUUCGGAAGCAACGCGUGCCGGAAGCAUCCAGAGGUCCGGGAACGCCAGCAGGAAACGGAUGCUGCGAUCUCGAUCUCUAGGACCUGCGGCUUCGACGAAACUGGCGCUGCCGAAGGAUAAGGAGACCUCGCAGAGACGGAAGUCCAUGAGAGUGCCACAGCCGAGCGCCAGCUCAGAGGACUUGUUCGAGAUAGAGGACGUUGAGGUCGCCAUUGGCAGUUGCAAGAUCGAUCCAGAUACUGCCUCUGGCAGUGAGAGGGCCGGGCACCAGUUCCAGCGUAGAUCGUCUCUAGGAAGGCCGCUCCGGCAGGCCCGGGAACGAGUCACCUCCUACAAGGAGAUGCCUCUCCAUGUUAAGCUUAGGAGGCCCUAGAGAAUGGCUGUUGCGAUUUCCAAUGAUUACUUGCUGUCUUCUGCGCCCGCAGAAGUGCAGAUAGUGUGUAGUUUGUCGUGUGAAAAUUUGGUUGCGUUCGGCUUGUGUUAUGUCAAGCGUUGGGGUGGUGGUGCUGUGUACGGGAAAAUAGCUAAUUUCUUGAUUCUCUCUCUCUCUCUCUCGCAAUGCGUAAUUGAGGAGCUGUACUUCUUCAAAUUCUAAUGUUGAUCUUUUUAGUGAAGAUAAGAACUAGAUCUGAUUUUC